AAAAAAGCCUCAAACUUAAAGAAUUGUCCCCCUAUAUAUAAUGUUGGCAAUACCCUCGUCUCUAUCCUCCUAGCGCCUGUUACUUUGGCGGCAAAGCAAAGUCCUCCUCCCAUCUUCAACACUAUCACCCAUUGGUUAAUUUCUGUGCUGUACCGUGUGUUGGCGAAAAUGGUACGUACAAAGGUUGAAAUCAAGAGAAUUGAGGAUAAAGCGAAAAGGCAUACCACUUUUACAAAGCGCAGACAAGGUCUUUUUAAGAAAGCCAAGGAGUUGGUUAAACGAUGCGAUGCGCAAGCCGCUGUUAUCACGUUCUCUUUGGCUGGGAACAUCUUUGCAUUCGGUCAUCCUUCCGUUGACAGUGUUGUGAACAGGUACACUGCUGCUCCGGAGCAGGAUGAAGAAGCAGAGAAGAAAGGAGAAGAUGGAGUGGUUGAUGAGGAGACGAAGGAAGAUGAAGAGACGGGGAUGUUCGAGGUGCCAGUUAAAGAUAUGGAUAUGGAGGAGCUAGAAAAGUUGAAUGUUGCGAUGGAAGAGAUGAAGAAGAAAGUUGUUGAUAGAAUUAAUGGGAUUGUAUCGAGUUCGAAGAAUGAGGAGGAUCUUGGAUUACCAUAGGACAGGUUUUUAACCUUGAGCUGAGUAUUACUUCGUGUUCUAUACAUCAAGAAUUUUAAAUUUCAUACUAUGUGGAUAUAGAAGGGUAGUUUUUUGAACUUUUUAUCGCGGUCGAGAUAAUAGUGUUUGAUUAGUUUCCAUUGAUACAUAUUUUAGUGGUGAAAGAUGCAAACUAUGGAGUAAAGUUUAUAGCCAUUGUGGUAUAA